AUGAAUCUACAGGUCGCACCGGAUCAGGUGAUGUGCAAGGCCUUCCCGCAAACUUUGACGAAUGCUGCUAGGGAUUGGUUCUCAACCUUAGAGCCCAACUCCAUAUCCUCAUUCUCGGAUUUGGCGGAUAAGUUUUCCGCUUUCUUCGCAAGUAGUAAACGCAUCAGGAAGACAGCGGCUUCCCUCAUGCAACUUAGACAAGGGCAAAAUGAGACCCUACGUGACUUCAUGACCAGGUUCAAUAAGGAAAGACUUCAGAUUCCCGACCUACACAUAACUGCAGCAGUUUCUGCCCUCACAUAUGCCAUAAAGUGUGAGGCUUUCAAGAUGUCUUUAUCUAAAACUCCACCAAAGACAGUCACCGAGCUUCUUAAUCGAGCCGAGAAGUACAUAAAUAUGGAGGAAACACUGAACCCGAGAAUGGUUGGACCAUCUCAUAACAGGGUCGAGCAUAAAAGACAGCAUGACCCGAACCCUCGUGAAGAACAGCAUCGGAAAAAACAGAGACAGGAGGUUCCCCCGACGCCGUUUACACGUCUAAACACGUCAAAAACCAACAUAUUGAUGGAGAUCAAGGAUAUGAAGGAACUAAAAUGGCCUGUCAGAAUGAGGUCACCACCCGAAUCCAGGGACAUGAACAAGUACUGUGAGUUCCAUCGGGAUCAUGGGCAUACCAUGGAGAGCUGUAAGGCCCUGCAACGGGAGAUUGAAGCCCUUAUUAAAAGAGGACUCCUGAGCUCCUACGUCGGUAACGACAAACGUCCGAGGAAUGGUCGUGACAGGGAAAAAGACCCUGAGGCAAAAAAGGGUGGUCAACCUACUGCUGGAACCAUCAAUAUCAUCAUUGGAGGUAUUGCCUCGGAAGGAGACUCCAACAGUGGGAGAAAACAAUAUGCCCGACGAUAUGCCUUGGCCUCUGGGAUGCCUCAGGAAAAGUUGGAGGAUAUUAGUUUUGGGACCGGAGACUUAGAAGGCGUAUCACUUCCACAUGAUGACGCCUUGGUAAUCUCAGCGAUUGUGGCCAAUUUUGAAGUAAAGAGGAUCUUGGUUGACAACGGGAGUGCGGCCAAUAUACUUUCACAAGAAGCUUUUGCCAAAAUGGGAAUCUCAUCUCACCAGCUCAAAGCGGUUAAAACUCCUCUCCAGGGGUUCGGUGGAGGAGUCAUCACUCCAGAGGGUGUAGUUGAGCUUCCACUAACUUUGGGUUCUGGCCAGAAACAGGUUACGGAGCUGACAUCUUUUCAAGUGGUACGUGUCUCAAUGGCCUAUAACGCAAUUCUGGGAAGACCACUCCUGAACAAGAUUAAAGCCAUUGUGUCCACCUUCCACCUAGCCAUGAAAUUUCCAACAAGUAAUGGCGUUGGGGUCGUCCGUGGAGACCAGACAUCCUGA